AUGCGCCGCCUGCUCGACGAGGCCGGCCUGACGCAGGUGCGCACCGGCUCGGUCGGCACCGGCGGCUGGCAUGUCGGCGAGCCGCCGGAUCUGCGCGCGCGUGAGGCCGCCGCCCGGCGCGGCUACGACCUGUCGGCGCUGCGAGCCGAGCAGCUCGCGGCGCGGCACUUCGAGACCUUCGACCGCCUCUACGCCAUGGACCUGGGCCAUCUGCGCCAUCUGCGCGCGCGCGUGCCGGCCGCGCUGCGUACGCGGGUGCGCCUGUUCCUGCAUCCGCUGGACCCGGAGGUCGGCUUGGGCCGGAGCGGCGCGCGCGAGGUGCCGGACCCCUACUACAGCGACCAGGCCGCCUACGAGCUGGUGCUCGACCUGGUCGAGGCGGUCGAGGCGGCGCUGGGCCUGCGCCCGCUCAAGACACGGCCGCUGGGCGGCGGCUGCAUCGCCGAGGUGGCGGCGGUCGACCUGCCCGACGGCCGCCGCCUGGUCGUCAAGCGCGGGCCGCCGCGAACGGCGCGGCCCGCCGGCGGGGACCCGUCCGACGGUGGGGCCGGGGGGCUGGCGCUGGAGGGCUGGAUGCUCGGGGUGUUGGGCCGCCACGGCCUGCGGGUGCCCGAGGUGCUGUACGCCGAUGCCGAGCUGCUGGUGAUGACCCGCCUGGACGCGGGCGGCCGCCUCGACACGCCAAACCAGGGGCAGGCUGGCGAAGCCCGGACUGCCGAAGCCCGGACUGGCGAAGUCCGGACUGGCGAAGUCCGGACCGCCGAAAUCCGGGCCGCCGAGGCCAUCGCCGCCCUGCACGCCCACACCGCGCCGGCCUUCGGGCUGGAGCGCGACACGGUGAUCGGCGGCCUGCCGCAGCCCAAUGCCUGGCUGCCGCGCUGGCUGCCCUUCUUCGCCGAGCGGCGGCUGCUGCACAUGGCCGGCCUCGCCGCCGGGCGCGGGCGCCUGCCCGGCGCGGAUCUGGCGCGAGUCGAGCGGCUGGCCGGCCGGCUCGAGCGCUAUCUGGGCGAGCCGGCGCGCCCGGCCCUGCUGCACGGCGACCUCUGGGGCGGCAACGUCCUGGUCGGCGCCGACGGCCGGCCGGGCUUCAUCGACCCGGCGAUCUACUACGGUCACCCGGAGGUGGAGCUGGCCUUCACCACCCUCUUCGGCACCUUCGGGCGGCCCUUCUUCCGCCGCUACGCCGAGCUGGCGCCGCUGGAGCCCGAUUUCUUCGAGGUGCGGCGCGACCUCUACAACCUCUACCCCCUGCUGGUGCAUGUCGCGCUGUUCGGCGGCGGCUACCUGGACAGCGUGCGCCGGGUCCUCGACCGCUACCUGCUGCGCUGGGUCGAGCGGCUGGUGCUGCUGGCCGUCGCCGUCUUCACCGUGAUGGCGGCCGGGGUCGAGGUGCUUCGGGUGGUCGAGACCGGCAGCGUGGUGCUGGCCGACCUGCUGCUGAUGUUCCUCUAUGCCGAGGUCAUCGGCAUGGUCGCCGUCUUCUACCUCUCGCGCACCACGCCGCUGUUCUACCCCAUCUUCAUCGCGAUCACCGCGAUCGCCCGGCUGAUCGUGCUGCAGUCGAAGGAGAUGGACCCCCUCAAGAUCAUCUACGAGGCGGCGGCGAUCCUGCUGCUGGCCGGCGCCGUCGCCCUGCUCAAGCGCUUCGCGGCCGACUGA